UCCAACUCUUGGUUAUGUGUCACCAAAAACAAAAACAAACUUCCUUUCCCUUAAUUUUCUCAACAUUCUUUCAAUGGCAAUGACAUCUGAGAUCUCAAUCGCUGGAAUCCUCGCUAGUAGCGCUAUCUCUGCUUGUUUUGCUGAGUUGUGUACUUUACCUCUAGACACCGCUAAAGUUAGACUACAGUUACAAAAGAGAGCAGCGGAAGGUUCCGGCAAGUACAAGGGAUUAUUAGGUACAGUUGCUACAAUUGCUAGGGAAGAAGGUUUAUUAGCUCUUUGGAAAGGCAUUAUACCCGGCUUACAUCGACAAUGUAUAUAUGGAGGCCUAAGGAUUGGGUUGUAUGAGCCUGUCAAGGCCUUCCUUGCACGUAGCUAUUAUGUUGAAGAUGGUUCCUUAUUCACUAAAGUGUUUGCUGCUCUUGUUACUGGUGCAAUCGCAAUUGCUCUGGCUAAUCCAACUGAUCUUGUAAAAGUUCGGCUCCAGGCUGAAGGUAAAGCUGGUACACUUAGGCGUUAUGAUGGUGCUUUCAAUGCAUACUAUACCAUAGUGAAACAGGAAGGGCUGGCAGCUUUGUGGACAGGAAUUGUGCCAAAUAUUGCACGGAAUGCUAUUAUUAAUGCUGCUGAACUGGCCAGUUAUGAUCAUCUCAAAGAGAUAAUUUUAAAACUUCCAGGAUUUACCGACACUGUUUUAACUCAUCUCAUAGCUGGUUUAGGUGCUGGAUUCUUUGCAGUUUCUAUUGGUUCUCCAGUUGAUGUGGUCAAGUCAAGAAUGAUGGGAGAUUCAGUAUACAGGAACACCUUCGAUUGCUUUUUCAGAACAUUGAAGUACGAGGGACCACUUGCUUUUUAUAAGGGUUUCCUCCCCAAUUUUUUUCGACUAGGAUCGUGGAACGUUAUCAUGUUUUUGACUCUUGAGCAAGUCAAGAGAUGGUUGGGAUGAUAAAUAAAUUUAAUUGGCCAUUGAGUAUCUGCCAGCAGAAAGUGUUAUUGAAUUUGUGCAUCUGCAAUUGCUUUCUGAAGAGGUAAGAGGUAACCAGUGUGAUGCGGUUGUUUCGAUCCAGAUAUCACACAAGUAACAUGGGAGUUCUACUUAUUCUGAGGGUCUUUAUUGUGGCCAAGGGUUGCCUUUGUCUUCUCUCCAGUUACUAGUGGAAAAAAUGGCAUGCUAUAUAAACUUAUACAUGAAAUUUAUACUAAAUAGCCCUAUUAUACCUUCUCCUGAUUUCCUUAUUUAUGUGUAUAUAUCUCUUUGAAAUAAUAAUUCUGAUUUUGAAGAAUCUCCCCGCCAACAACACGUGCAAUUUCACUUUUGUAUUAAAGUCUAUGAAAAGUUUGAUUCUUAUUUAAUGUGAAACAUCAACUUGAUUGAGGCAUAA